ACCUGAUCUGCCAUCCACACAUAACAAAUACUCGUACGCGUCAUAGCUGGACUUGGAGACUGACCUCUGCGACCGGCCUUGACAUUCCUCCGGCGAGCAUGGCGUCGCUGCCGCCCACCACCGCCGCCGGUGCCAUCGAAGGAGGCCGCGCCUUCCUCGACGCCGCCACCCUCCGCUCUUUGCUCAACCCCUCCGCCCUCAUCCCCCACCUCCGCUCCUCCCUCCCCUCCCUCUCCUCCGCCGUCCGCGCCCCGCCGCGCCAGAGCUUCUCCCUCGACCCAUCCUCCUCCUCCUCCCUCCUCCUCAUGCCCUCCUGGUCCUCCCACCCAUCCCUCCCUUUCAUCGGCGUCAAGGUCGUUACCUCCUUCCCCCACAACUCCGCCCUCCGCCUCCCCGGCGUCCAUGCCGCCUACCUACUCUUCCGCUCCUCCACCGGCGCCCCCCUCGCCUCCCUUGACGGCACGGCCCUCACCCUCCUUCGCACGUCCGCUGUCUCCGCCGUCGCUGCUUCCCUCCUCGCCCGCGACGACUCCCGUGUCCUCGUCAUGGUCGGCGCCGGCGCCCUCGCCCCCUACCUCAUCGCCGCCCACCGCUUCGUCCGCCCCAGCCUGAAUAGAAUCAUCAUCUGGAACCGAACCCCUGAUAAAGCUCGAAUCUUGGCAAGAGAUCUCCAAGAAGAGGAGGAGCGAAGGGAGAACAGCGGGCUAAUUUUCGAGCACGCCGAGUGUUUGGACGAGGUGGUCGGGCUGGGGGACGUGGUGAGCUGCGCCACGAGCUCGGAGACCCCAGUUGUCAAGGGGAAGAAGCUGAAACCCGGGGCGCAUUUGGACCUGGUGGGCUCGUUCACCCCAGCGAUGAGGGAGUGCGACGACGAGGCGCUGGCGAGGGGGAGGGUGUUUGUGGACUUCGAGGUGGCGCUGGAGGAGGCAGGGGAGUUGGUGGGCGCGUUCCAAAGAGGGGUCAUGGCGCCGGGGGAUGUGGCAGGGACGUUGGUGGAGUUGGCCGGGGGGACGAAGGUUGGGAGGAGGAGCCCGGAGGAGCUGACGGUGUUUAAGUCGGUCGGAACGGCGGUGGUCGACCUCCUGGCUGCACAAUUGGCUUAUUACAAUUACUUGCAAGGUUCUCCAUGAACUUUUCCUUCUACAAGUUCAUGCUGCCAAGUCCUUAGAAGGCAAUCCGUUGCUGGAUAUGGAUUUAGUUAAUACUGAUGUUGGUGUUUAAAUGGUAAAAUAAUGCAGUGAUGGUGAAAUACCAGAAGAUUAGGUACUGCCACAGCAUGAAAAAUAAUGUAACAAACUGCUAGUUCUUAUACUUAAGAUUUUUAUCCUAAUGCAUUUUUAUAAUUCAAGUCAACUAUCAGGUCAUUCAAGAAAAAUUUGGAGGAUCAGAAAUCUUGUAUGAAUACUAUGAUGUAUACAAUUAUUCAAAAACUGAAGGUGGCUUGAGUAGCAGAUUUAAAUCAAGUUAGUAGGUGGCCAGAGUUAUAUUAAACCUGGGCAUGUAGCGGCUCAAGGAAAUCAAGUGUUUGGGAGAUUUAACAUUCUUCUGACAUCUAAAUACCAUUCAGAGUCUACUGAUAACAUGACUUUAUUGAUGAGGUUGGAUGACAUUGAAGUCACUGUCCCCUGAUGCAUGCCCAACAUCAACUUUGUUUUCUUGUGCAAGUGGAGAGCUGUAUGCCUGGUUGGAAUUCUAAUGGUUGGAAGGUUAGAACUUUCACAGGCAUACUUAUAUUAGAAACAAGUUCCCAUCAGCAUUUUUCAGGAGAUGCAAGAAAUGCGGAUGGUUGUUUUUGAGAAGUCUUCUUCCUGGUUGGGAGGAGCAAUUCUUCCUAAUGGAGGAGGACUGGUCCUCGGAUGCUGCAAGCACCAUUGGUGCGGUGUAAGUAUUGAAAUUUCAAGCA